CCCUCUUCCUCCACCAUGACGGUUGCUACAGGUGACCUGGGGGACGAGGCGGCGGCCCAUCCCGGUGACCCGUACGAACCAGAACCGGACUACGAGUGCUGUGAGCGCGUGGUCGUCAACAUCUCUGGGCUGCGCUUCGAGACUCAACUGAAGACCCUCUCCCAGUUCCCUGAGACCCUGCUGGGGGACCCCAAGAAGAGAAUGAGGUACUUUGACCCUCUGAGGAACGAGUAUUUCUUCGACAGGAACCGGCCCAGCUUCGACGCCAUCCUCUACUACUACCAGUCAGGAGGGAGACUGCGUCGGCCGGUGAACGUCACUCUAGACAUCUUCUCUGAGGAGAUCCGCUUCUACGAGCUGGGAGAGGAGGCCAUCGAGAUCUUCAGGGAGGAUGAGGGCUUCAUCAAGGAGGAAGAGCGACCUCUUCCAGAGAACGAGUUCCAGAGACAGGUGUGGCUGCUGUUUGAGUAUCCCGAGAGUUCCGGCGCGGCCCGUAUCAUCGCCAUCAUCAGCGUCAUGGUGAUCCUGAUCUCUAUCGUGUCCUUCUGCCUGGAGACACUCCCCGUGUUCCGGAACGACGAAGAGGACGAUGGCAACAAGGUGUUCCAGCCCUUCAACAACUCCACCUCUUCCUACACGUCUUCCUACUUCACUGAUCCCUUCUUCAUCCUGGAGACGCUCUGCAUCAUCUGGUUCUCCUUUGAGUUCCUCGUCCGCUUCUUCGCGUGUCCUAGUAAAGCCGGGUUCUUCGGUAACAUUAUGAAUAUCAUCGAUAUUGUGGCGAUUAUUCCAUAUUUCAUCACGUUGGGCACAGAGCUGGCAGAGAAACCGGAGGACGGGCAGGCUGGGCAGCAGGCCAUGUCCCUCGCCAUCCUCCGGGUCAUCCGGCUGGUCAGGGUGUUCAGGAUCUUCAAGCUGUCCAGACACUCCAAGGGGCUCCAGAUCCUGGGCCAGACACUGAAGGCCAGCAUGCGGGAGCUGGGUCUGCUCAUCUUCUUCCUCUUCAUCGGAGUCAUCCUCUUCUCCAGCGCUGUCUACUUCGCCGAGGCCGACGAGGCGGACUCACAGUUCAGUAGCAUCCCAGAAGCCUUCUGGUGGGCCGUGGUUUCCAUGACCACCGUUGGCUACGGCGACAUGGUGCCCACCACCAUCGGCGGGAAGAUCGUGGGCUCUCUCUGCGCCAUCGCCGGCGUGCUGACCAUCGCCCUGCCCGUCCCUGUCAUCGUGUCCAACUUCAACUACUUCUACCACCGAGAGACGGAGGGCGAGGAGCAGGCGCAGUACCUGAACACUCCCGUUGCCCCCAAGGCCGACUCAGCCGAGGACCUGAAGAAGAGCGGCCGCAGCGGGAGUGGAUCCACCCUCAGUAAGUCGGACUACAUGGAGAUACAGGAAGCUGCACUGAACCACAGCACUGAGGACUUCAGAGCAGAGAGCCUCAAGACAGGAAACUGCACCCUGUUGGCUAAUGCAAAUCAGCAAGCUAAUUCUAACACAGUGGCUAACACCAACUACGUCAACGUCACCAAGAUGAGAACGGAUGUAUAGCCUCCUUCAGGCGUUACCACAGUGACUUCCUGUAGAGGUGCAGGGGGACAUGAAGGAAAGAGUAGAGUGGGGAGAAGACUGAGGAAAAACCCCUCCUCUCUGAUGUUGAAAAGGCUUGGACUCCCUACUGUGGGAGUACAGAAUGGAUCACAUAAACUCUGGUAAGAGCAGAGAUCCGGCAUCUCAUUCCCCCCAAAACAGAUCUGUUCCUAACUCAACCCCUUGCCCUUCCUUCUCCUGUUGGGAGUUGAAGCGUCCGUUCGGUGACUGCAUGGCGUUAGUCUGGGCUUCGUCACUGUUCAGCUGUCCAGUAGUCGUCUAUAGGCUCAGCUCUGCUCGCUGCAGUAGUCCAAUAGUAGCCAAACUGCCCACUGGUACUAGACAAUAUAAACACACUGACAGGAAAACGAGACCACACCCUUAUCUUGUUCCACACUCUGCUCAAACUGCCCGCUGGUACCGUCAGCACAGAUCUAGCAUCAGCCUGCCCUGAACAAAUCCUAGCCGUAACCAGUAGGAGAUACACUGCAAAACUGACCUCAGAUCAGCGUCUCAUCUUAUAACUACUUAGCUCUAACUGCCAGCCUAAUGGAGCUUCUUAACUUCCUCUCUCCCAUCCCGUACCCCUGAACCUCUCUCCCACCCAGUACCCUCUGAACCUCUCUCCCACCCCAUUAAUCCCUGAACCUCUCUCCCACCCCGUACCCCUGAACCUCUCUCCCACCCUGUACCCCCUGAACCUCUC